CGACCGAGGACGAAGCCAUUACGACAAUGUGUGACUCAACAUGAGACUAAGCACUUUUAUCGCGUGUUUGAUAUGCACUGCCGCUUAAAGCGUCACCUCAAUGCUCUCUUUGCGGUUGCUUCCAACCCAACCACAUAUCAACAGAGAUUCUACAGACGCAAGCAUACACACCAUCCACUUGUCCAGCGAAUACUCGGCCAAGGUCGCCACAGCUUUGAAUGCACUUCACUUCGUCGUCAUGUACAUUAUAUUUCCAGAUGGAACAGGUCUAGAUGAUCAGACUGCUGCUACUGAGGUCCGAUUUGAAUUACAGCCGAGAGCCACGGACGCGGGGCAAACCGUAAGACAUGGAUAGUCCAUGAGCUUAUGAGCCAGCAUGGGAAUCACAGGCAUAAGCCGGCGAAGAGCCGGUAUGCCUUUCGCAUCGAAUCUUCAUCAUCGAGUUAGUUAUUGGCUACGAUCUAUAUAUUGAUUGGUGCGGCAAUGGUGCCAAGUGACCCGCAAGCAAUGGCUUACUUAAAUUCAUGCGUUGGCAAAGCUGCUCUAUAGAUAACCACUCCCCAUACUCCGCAAACCAUGGAAUGGCAAACUUCCGGACUCAGUGUUCAUAGCAAGGUCAAGAAACCAAGACGAGAGUCUCUACUAGAGAAGAACAUGAGAUGAGACGAA